AUGGAUGAACAUGCUGUAAAUGAUAUUGAAAUGGAUGGUAUAUUUAUUGGAAAUAAUUAUAUACAUGAAAUGUUAAGCCCAAAUAAUUCCGGAUAUUUUGCAUUACAAACUGUUCAUUCAACUGUUCGAAUACAUUAUAUACAAUCAACCGGAUAUUAUGCUAUUCAUAUUUUGAGUGAUACAUUAGAAAAUGGUUUUUAUCAAUAUUUUGUUACACUUAAUAGCUAUCCAUAUAUAAUUGAAAAAGUUGAGCAAAAAUUGCAAACAACAACAGCAAUUAUUCAAGAAAUAUUUAGCAAAAAAACGGAAAAGAAAUUAAUCACAAAAUCACUUGCAAAAAUCAAUUAUAAACCGUUUAUAAUUGAUAAAAAUGAUAACGAAACGAUUGUUUUAAAUCAUCAUAUUGUUACACAUCCAAAUGGCUUAAUUGAAGAAGAUGGCUAUGUCCAUCGUAUGACAUGCAACACUUUUUUGUAA